GGAGCACUUGAAGAUUAUAUCAACACAAGCAAGCACUUUGCAUGUUAAGCUACUACGGUUAAGAAUGAAGUUACUGGAACAUCCUCAAAGUUUCGGACACUUCUUUGUAUUGUUUAAUCGUGAUGAUGGAUCAUUACAAAAAUGAUUCCAGGAGGAUAAACAGAGAUUUGAUUGUGGACAAGAUACAAGGCUGACUCUGAAAUCACAAAGAGAAAAUUAAGACCAGACUACAACUAACUUCAUUUUAAAUACACAACUCAAGAAGCCACAUAUAAAAGAUGAAUAACUUCACAGAGGCGACCAUAGUUUGUCAACGUAAUAGGAUUGUGCUGACAAAAGUCAUGCCAGCACUGUACACUAUUGUCUUUAUUUUUGGCCUACUCUUGAAUGGGUUGAAUUUGUGGAUUUUUUGCUAUAUUCCAAACGAAAGAAGUUUCAUUGUUUAUCUUAAAAACAUUGUUAUUGCUGAUCUUUUAAUGACACUUACAUUCCCUCUGAAAAUUCUAAGCGAUGCAGAAAUCGGACCCCAACUGUUACCCAUAGUGGUCUGUAGGUUUUCAGCUGUGAUUUUUUAUUUAAAUAUGUAUAUAGGAAUUCUAUUUUUGGGAAUCCUUGGUCUUGAUAGAUAUUACAAAAUAAUGAGACCCAUGCAGUCCUCUGUUUUUCAAACUGUCACCUAUAGCAAAAUCAUUUCUGCCAUUGUAUGGAUAUUAAUGGCAAUACUUACUCUACCCAAUAUGAUCCUAACCAAUCGGUGGCAACCAUCCAAUGGGACGACCAAGCCUAACUGUGCCGGGCUAAAAAGCAAACUUGGUAUACAAUGGCACAGCGCUUCUAAUUACAUUUCUAUAAUUAUAUUUGUGUUCGUGUUUGUCUUACUAAUUAGUGUUUAUGUAUCUAUUUCAAGAAAGAUAUAUAAAUCUCAUCAAAGAUUUAGAAGAUGUUCUGAUGCAAAAAGGAAGUCGAGGAGAAAUAUAUACAGCAUUUUGUUUGUUUUCUUUGUUUGCUUUGUCCCAUAUCAUGUUUGUCGAAUCCCCUACACAUUAAGCCAGACAGGCUUUUCUUACAGCUGCCAGAUCCAAAACACCUUGCUUUAUAUUAAAGAAGUGACUCUGCUCAUGUCAGCAUCCAAUGUCUGUCUGGAUCCUGUAAUUUAUUUCUUCAUGUGCCAGCCAUUCCGGAAAAUGCUCUUUAAAAAAUUACAUAUUCAGGACAACAUUCCAGAGACGGAGAAGACAGACAGAAAUUCAACCACUCUGAAUGGGAUAAUGUAAAGCUUAAUGUCUGCUUAAUAUAGUUAAGCUAAUUACAAUAUUGUGCACUUUUGGACCAUUUAAAAUAGAUGGCCCAUCUAAGAAGUAUUAAAGUCAUCUAUUCAUUAAAAUGUAUAUUUUUAUGUAUGUAUAAGUCAAUUAACACACCCACACACACUUACAUCCAUGUGAUUGUAAGCUCACAAAGUGGCCUCUUCUCCUUAUGUCUUAAUAUGUGUUAAUGUUAUUGGCAGUUUUGUAUAUUGUCAGUUUUAAUGUUAUUGUUAAUUCUCAUGCUAUUGCAAAUAAAACAUAAUGUUAGUGUCC